ACAACCUCAACUGACACAGCUACCUGUCCACGAGCCGCGCGGCAAGCUCAUCAUGCCAAAAAGAAAUGCCUUGACUGAGGAGCAAAUUGAGCGGAGGCGCAGUAUCGACAGAGCCGCUCAACGUAAUGCGCGCGCAAAGACAAAGGCACGCAUCAAGGAGCUAGAGCGUCUAGUUGACUCGCUUCAGACGAGUCAGGGUGACGAACGACUCCAGAAUGUGAUGAUGAUGCUGGAGCAGCAGCAAGAGGAGACUAGGAAGCUGAAAAGUACCCUUGAGGCUGUUCGAAAACUUGUUGGCGAAAACCUCUCGCUGUCGCCAGGUCCACAGCCUGAUGCGGGAAGCGAGAAUGAUGAUGGGAAGGUGUUUCCACAACCGCGCAGCGUCACCAGUGGAGACACACUGCAUGAUCCAACAUCACAUCCAGCUGCACCCUCUUCCCAAAGAUCGUUUGGAAGCACAAGCCCUCAGCGAUUCGAUUUUCCGGAGCACCUUCGCCCUGCCCAGGGAUUUCCAGUGAAGCUGCCAACGUGGAAAUCAGUGAACAACGCUCUCGAGAAAGCCGUCGAGGCAUUGCGCCAGGAAACCCAGAUUUCACUGCCAGCUGACAUCGACAUCGCCAUACGUGCUGUGGUUGAUGGCUGGACAGCAGCAAAGUCGGCACGGUCGCUAGAUCUUGGUUGGAUUAUCCUCAAACAAAUCGACCAACAUGUAUUUUGUGACACUAGCCCUGCAACUCGUUUAGCGAUACUUCGGGCCAUGCGCUUGAACUUGCUCAAACUGGUUGACUCAAGACAUUCUGAGACAAUUGUGCCUGCAUUUUAUCGUCAAAGGCCAUCUCAGCGAAUGAUCAGGCAUCCGGUACUAGUUGACUUCUUCGUGUGGCCAGAUCUUCGAGAUCAUAUUCUCUUGUCGCCUUCAUUAUAUCAGCCAGAUGUUUUUGCAUCGCGAUUCUCUAAAAAUGUUCACUUCCUAUGGGCUGACAAUCUCUCAAAUUUAUAUACUCUAGAUCAUUUCUCUGGAACUUACAGUUUCAGUCAACAUUUCGAUUCGCGCUUCCAAGACAUCAAUUGUUGGACGUUGUCAUCGGACUUCUUUGUCCACUAUCCCCAGUUGAUUGGCGUUGUGCCAAUUUACAAUGCAAUGCCGCCUAGUCUUGUCCUUCGGAUUCCUACGAGCGGACACGGCAAUUCGACACAAGAAGUGUCCAGUGACUUUGGCGACGGAAUGGACGCGGAGGGAAAUAUGUCGGCCUUCCAUACCUUUGGCGAAGGAACCACAUGGGCCGGUCCAAAUAUGUUUGGAAUCAAUCAAUGAGAUUGUUGUCUCCCUGCUUACGCGUUGAAUUUCGCAACAGUGAGAAAAUGAGGCUGUAUGGAACGGAUUUUGGUCGACGAUGACUUGUUGAAAAGUUCGUUGACGCAAUAGUUACGCUGUUAAAGACCAAUAAUCACGCAUCGCAGUAAAGCCCGGUGUGGUAUUCGUUUGGGCUGGUUCUUCAACGAGCUACUUCAGGUGAUGCAAUUCUUGGCUCACGUCGGGAACAACUAUUUCGCAAUAGCCCUCCAUCGGUACCUUACCCUCCGCCUUCAGCUACUUGCUGUAUUGCUUGGAUAUGUCCACUUACUACAUGUUAAACUAAAAAUGUUAUACAACAUCAAGCAAGAUUUGAUACGAUUCAUCGUCGAAAUCACACUUGCUAUGCAGGAACUGUUCAUUAGCGGGCAACAUUCCUGCAGUAUGAUCUGGAUUGACGAAAGGUCUACUUGUACACUUGGUGUGAAGAGUUCCAUCGGCAUUUCACUGUUUGAUUUAAUACUGCAAUCGGCUGCACGAAUCAUUUGGACAUAUCUCUCUCUAUUGGUGACUCAUCAAUGAGAAGCACAUGAUCACUACCUUCAACUGAAAGUGAAUAUCAAAUGAAGCCAAUCGUUUCAUGUGCGAAAAUUGUCUUCAUAAAAAGAGUGUGUAUUUCAAAUUGUGGGUCAUACUGCUAUAUAGAUAUCAGGACCCGAUAUCUUGACUUCGUUCGGAAAGUACGAGAAACUAGAUGGCUCAAAUUGAAAUAUGCGGGCACAGUCAUAGACUGUCGCGUCGCAGUGCAAGAUUUCCUUUCUCCUGCGCUUCUUCUGCUCUGCGUUCGAGAUCAUGGGAUUCGAAAUCUUGCAUCUUCAUCGUUGGUACAAACCAUGGCGCAUUGGUAAAGAGAUAAUUCAUCUCCUCAAGAGGACGCUUCUUGGUUUCCGGCAUGAACGCCCAGAAAAACACGGCGUUUGUAAAGUUGCAAACCUACAACUCGUCAACAUGUUGAAGUCAGGUUUCUGCGAACAACUCACGCAGAAUAGAAAAUACCACCUGUACUUGAUAGUCUUCAUAGCAGUACUUGUGGUUUGACCAAUCAUUGUGUUGAAUGCGAAACUAGUCAUGGUUGCAAUACUGACACCUUUUGCACGCGUGCGAGUGUCGAAGAUUUCGGCAGGGAUGAUCCAGCUUAACGGGCCACAUGUUGCCGAGAACGAGAAAUUGUAAAGCCAGGUCAU